AUGUGUGAUUUAAACGAUAAUCCUAUAAAGCUUAGUGUUAAAUGGAAUGGCAAGGAAUAUGAAAUACCGGAGUUUUCGCCAUCAGACUCCGUCGCGAUGCUCAAAGUCGCCAUCGAAAAUGCCACGGGAGUCAGACCGGAAAGACAAAAGUUACUGAAUGUUAAAUUUCAGGGCAAAGUGGCAACAGACAAUUGCACAUUAUCUGACCUUCAGCUGAAGCCAAACCUGAAGAUCAUGAUGAUGGGGUCUCUAGAGGAGGCGAUAGCGGGCGCGCAGACCAAGCCGGACGUCGGGGACGAGGUUGUCAAUGACCUGGAUAUUGAAGAGGAGGAGGUCGAUGUGGAGAAUCAGGAGAUAUACCUAGCCAAAAUAAACAAGCGCGUGCGAGAUUACAAGAUCACGAUGUUGAACGAGCCGCGCGCCGGCAAGAAGCUGCUCGUACUCGAUAUAGACUACACACUGUUCGACCACAGAUCUGUCGCUGAAACAGGCUAUGAAUUAAUGCGUCCAUUUCUCCACGAGUUCCUAACGUCAGCUUACGAGGACUAUGACAUCGUGAUCUGGUCGGCAACCGGCAUGAAGUGGAUUGAGGAGAAGAUGAGGCUCCUCGGCGUGUCCACACACCAGGACUACAAGAUCAUGUUCUAUUUAGACUAUCUGGCUAUGAUCACUGUGCAUACAGCCAAGUAUGGGACCAUAGAUGUGAAACCACUAGGCGUAAUAUGGGGCAAAUACCCUCAAUACAGUUCAAAAAACACGAUAAUGUUCGACGACAUCAGAAGAAACUUCAUCAUGAAUCCAAAGAGCGGUCUCAAGAUCAGACCGUUCAGGCAAGCCCAUCUCAACAGGGACAGAGAUCGAGAACUCCUGCACCUGUCCACUUACCUCAGGGACAUAGCACAGUACUGUGACGAUUUUGACGUUCUCAACCAUAAGAAGUGGGAGAAAUACAAGCCAGAUAAGAACAGGAUUCAAGCGGGGAGCAAGAGAAAAGCUGAAGACAGCGCUCCCUCGACACCUAAGGAAUGACGUUAGAUCAGCCCGUUUCGAUAAGUGACAUUCUUACAUUGUAUGACACUGAACUAAUUGUUUGAAUGUAUGGAAUUGACAGGUGACAGUCACGUGACUUUAAAAAGUAGACUGCACGGAUAACCUAGUUCUAUAAUUCACAGCAAUAACAUCAAACCAAAACCGCGAGUUCGAUCCGUAGGAUAAACAUUUUUGUGAUCUUAAAAUGCUUGUUCAGAGUGCGUGUGGCUCUAUGCAUUUGAUAUUUGUUUCAUUUGUAUACCUAACGAGAAAAUAAGUUCAAGGGGGACAAACAUAGUUCUUUUUUUUCAAAAUUGAUCAGGCCAUCCACUUUGGAAACCGCAGGAGAAUUAUUGGUCACGUUAUGUAAACCCCAGCGAUAGUAUCAAAUUCCUUGCUGCGUGAGUCUUUAUAAACGAAUAAAAAAAUGACUGUUGUUUCCAUACAUUUGAGCGCUUUGAACAGUAUUGCUGGUAAUAGUGUCACUUGUCAACUGGGUCAGACCUGUCGGUCUGCGAAUCGCCUUGAUUGCUUGAUAAGACUGCGAUCUACACAGCUUUAGACUGUAACCAAUAUUACUAAGUCAUACAUUGAAAAUGUUAGGUAAAUGAAUGUUUAAAAAACAAACUUGAAAUUAAGGCGAUUUGCGUUUGUGUAUGCAGUAUUACCACAGCUAUAGGUUAGAUUCAUUAUCGUUAACAAAAUUGUAAUGUGUUUUGAUAGCAGGCUCAUUUCAGGCACUUUUGCAUCGUUGAAAUUCCAAAAUGACAUUCUUAUGAAGAGAAUCGGCAGAAAACUCCAUAAAAUAGUUAUUAUUUUAAACAAAUCACUUUUAGAAUGGUCUGGUUUUUAUUUCAAUAUCGUCCUUACAAUGCAACUUGAAUAGUGUCACUGUUCAUUUGAUUCCUACGGUUUAUUAAAAAUAUCGUAAUAUUUUAGAGAAAAUCUUUCUUACAUUGAAUUUUUGGGCGGCAAAACGAAUCUGCGAAUUUACUCUUGCCGAAUUGACAAGUUAGUCAAUGUGUUUAUGUGUCCGUUACAAUUUACUACUCAUAUUAAAUUUUCAAAGUGAUUUCAAACUCAAUCUGUUUCCCUCUGUUUAUAUCUUGUAACUUAUACUUGUGGUUCUACUGCAUUGUAUUGGUCAUUAGGUUGAUUUGAAAUUAAUGAUGUUAUAUAGAACAAAUAAAAAGUAAAUAUGAGACUAAUUAUUUAGUUUCUAUGGCGCUAGUGGACUUUUAGUUAUAAUUUUUUAUUCUAUAAUCAAAUACUGGUGCGAAACUCAAUUACAAAGUUCAUUUUUAGUAUUGGCAACAUUGGAUUAACGAAAAAGUUGGUAUAUCUUUUUCAAGGCAUUUUAACUUUGCUAGAAUGUAGUAAAUAUUUGGAAAAUUGCAAUUAUUAGGCAAAUAUGGUCCUUUAGAAAUAUAAUGUUAAAAUCUAAGGCUGUUUAUCAUGACAAUGCAGAACAUUAACGAAACGUGGCAUUUAAUGCGUUGUAUUUAUAUGUAGUCUUAAUAAAUAUAAGAAAAUAAAUUCAGUUUUAACAAAGUCA